AUGAGCGCUGAUGCGCGUAACGAUGGUGACAGGUGUGUGACAAUGAAUCAAAACAUGGACAGCGUCUGGACAGGGGAAAGAUAACAACAUUAAUGCUGACACAGGGAUCAAACAGAGGAAUAGACAGGUGAUGGGCAGGGAGGGGGAGCGGGCGAAGGCGUGACAGUACCCCCCCCCCCCCCCCCCCCAGGAACGCCACCUGGCCGAGGCGCGGGAACCUGUCGUGCCUGACGGGCCGGCCGAGACAUGGGAGCCUGAUGAGCCGACUGAUGCGUGGGAGCCUGACAAGCCGGCUGAGGCGUGGACGACUGACGAGCUGGCUGAAGCAUGGAAGCCUGACGAGCCAGCUGAGGCGUGGAACCCUGACGAGCCAGCUGAGGCGUGGAAGCUUGCCUAGCCGGCAGAGGCAUGGAAGCCUGACGAGCCAGCUGAGGCACCCCCGGUUCCUUCGGCCGCGGCACCCGGACCCGACGUCACCAACCCCCUAAAAAAUAAUAAAAAUAAAAAAACGUCCUGAUGCUUCCAAUUUUGGUGUCAGCAUUCUGUGAGGACAGACGUUGGGAGACAGGAAACAAGUACAGGGAGUGAACAUUUAAUGGAAUAAACAGACAGGAACAAAACACAGACAGCGUCUGAACAGGGCAAACGAAACAACAUCAAUGCUGACACCAGGAUCAAACCGAUACAGGGGAGGUAAUUAACAAAGGGAAGGAGUCCAGGUGUGUCCAAUGAGCACUGAUGUGCAUAACGAUGGUGACUGGUGUGCGUAAUGAUGGGCAGCCUGGCGCCCUCAAGCGCCAGGGAGGGGGAGCGGGAGCAGGCGUGACAUAAAUAUUCAGACCCUUUGAUAUGAGACUCGAAAUUGAGCUCAGGUGCAUUCUCUUUCCAUUGAUCAUCCUUGAGAUGUUUCCAGAACUUGAUUGGAAUCCACCUGUGGUCAAUUCAAUUGAUUGGACAUGAUUUGGAAAGGCACACACCUGUCUAUAUAAGGCCCCACAGUUGACAGUGGAUGUCAGAGCAAAAACCAAGCAAUGAUGUCGAAGGAAUUGUCCGUAGAACUCCGAGACAGGAUUGUGUCAAGGCACAGAUCUGGGGAAGGGUACCAAAAAAUAUCUGCAGCAUUGAAGGUCCCCAAAAACACAGUGGCCAUCAUUCUUAAAUGGAAGAAGUUUGGAACCACCAAGACUCUUCAUAGAGCUGGCCGCCCAGCCAAACUGAGCAAUCGGAGGAGAAGGGCCUUGGUUAUGGAGAUGACCAAGAACCCGAUGGUCACUCUGACAGAGCUCCAGAGUUCCUCUGUGGAGAUGGGAGAACCUUCCAGAAGGACAACCAUCUCUGCAGCACGCCACCAAUCAGGCUUUUAUGGUAGAGUGGCCAGACGGAAGCCACUCCUCAGUAAAAGGCACAUGACAGCCCGCUUGGAGUUUGCCAAAAGACACCUAAAGGACUCUCAGACCAUGAGAAACAAGAUUCUCUGGUCUGAUGAAACCAAGAUUGAACUCUUUGGCGUGAAUGCUAAGCGCCACAUCUGGAGGAAACCUGGCACCAUCCCUACGGUGAAGCAUGGUGGUGGCAGCAUCUUGCUGUGGGGAUGUUUUUCAGCGGCAGAGACUGGGUGACUAGUCAGGAUCGAGGCAAAGUACAGAGAGAUCCUUGAUGAAAACCUGCUCCAGAGCGCUCAGGACCUCAGACUGGGCCGAAGGUUUACCUUACAACAGGACAACAACCCUAAGCACACAGCCAAGACAGCGCAGGAGUGGCUUCGGUACAAGUCUCUGAAUGUCCUUGAGUGGCCCAUCCAGAGCCCGGACUUGAACCCGAUCUAACAUCUCUGGAGAGACCUGAAAAUGGCUGUGCAGCGACGCUCCCCAGCCAACCUGACAGAGCUUUAGAGGAUCUGCAGAGAAGAAUGGGAGAAACUCCUUAAAUACAGGUAUGCCAAGCUUGUAGCAUCAUACCCAAGAAGACUCGAUGCUGUAAUCACUGCCAAAGGUGCUUCAACAAAGUACUGAGUAAAGGGUCUGAAUACUUAUGUAAAUGUGAUAUUUCAUUUUUAUAAAUUUUGUACAUUUGCAAAAAUUUCUAAAAACCUGUUUUUGCUUUGUCAUUAUGGGGUAUUGUGUGCAUAUUUAUGAUGGGGGAAAAAAACAAUUUAAUCAAUUUUAGAAUAAGGCUGUAACAUAACAAAAUGUGGAAAAAGUCAAGGGGUCUGAAUACUUUCCAAAUGCUCUGUAAAUGUGACUUUAUUUUCGAAAUUAGAUUUAGACUUUAUUCUCGAAAUAUUGCCACUUUAUUCUCAAAAUAUUGCCCCUUUAUUCACAAUAUUUUAUUUUGACCUUAUUCUCAAAAUAUUGCCACUUUUUUAAAGUACUAGCAUGCAAAAAAGUAUAAUCCAAGUGCCACCACCCCUUGCUGUUUUUUUUUUCACUUGGCCCUAAUACUCUUCUGUAGACACUUUACAUGUUGCGUUAAUAUUUUUGUUCAGUAUACAAAGCGAUCUAUAAUGACGCGUAACUCGGUAAUACUUUAGGCUAGAAACAAGCUGUACAUUUCACAAGAAAGACAGGAUUCUGAUGCAGAUGUGGAUUUAUUUGGUUCAAUGACAUUCAGAGGCUGAGCUACAACCUCCUAAAGUCGAGGAGACAAAACAAUUCAGCCAUCAAUUGAGCUAAUCACUUUUUGAAAAAGAUGUUUAACUAAAUUAAUACUUGAUGGUUAAAAUAAAUGAGGCUACAAUAUUAUCAUAUAUUUGUUAGUGGAAUAACAUUUGUAAAAAAUAUUAUUUACUUUUUUUCCCCCAUACUUAUUCUCAUGAAAGUGCCUACCCAGAAGUUGUAAUUAAUGAGUCAUGUUACACUACGUAAAAUUGCAGGAAAUUAUCUUCAAAACAACAAACAAUUUCUACAUAUUUCUACAAUAAUUAAAGUAGGCCUAAAUACAGGCUCCGGUCAGCAUUCUUGCCUCCAACCUUGACCAUGCAACAGCAUUCUUGUCUCCAACCUUGACUUCACACACAUCUUUAACUUAUUUGGUCUUUCACAAUAGCUAGUGUAAGUCAGUGGAAUAAUUCUCAUUCCGUACAAUGGGCUAAAAUAUAGAAGACUGGCGCCGAAGAAGAUGGCAGCCGUUUUACAGCCCUCUAACCAAUUGUACUAUUAUGUGUGUUUUUUCGCAUUAUUUGUAAUUUAUUCUGUACAUAAUGUUUCUGCCACCGUCUCGUAUGACCAAAAAGAGCUUCUGGAUAUCAGGACAGCGAUUACUCACCUCGUAUUGGACGAAGAUUUUUUCUUCAACGAAUCGGACGCGAAGGAUAUCCUACACACAACCGACAAGGCCCAAAUCCCCGUCAUUCGCAUGAGAAAGAGACAGAGAUAUUGUGGACGUAGGUCGGGGUGCCUUGUAAGGAUCCGACGGCGAGCGAGUAAACUGCCUCUUCCAUCAAUCCAUUUAGCCAAUGUUCAAUCAUUUAAAAAUAAAUUAGACGACCUAAGAUUACUGUUAUCCUACCAACAGGACAUUAAAAACGGUAAUGUCUUAUGUUUCACAGAGUCAUGGCUGAACGACGACAUGGAUAACAUACAGCUGCCGAGAUAUACGCUACAUCGGCAGGAUAGAACGGCUGACUCCGGAAAGACAAAGGGUGGCGGUCUGUGUAUAUUUGUAAACAACAGCUGGUGCAUAAAAUCUAAUACUAAGGAAGUCUCUAGGUUUUGCUUGCCUGAGGUAGAGUAUCUCAUGAUAAGCUGUAAACCACACUAUUUACCAAGAGAGUUUUCAUCUAUAUUUACCACCACAAACCGAUGCAGGCACUAAGAUUGCACUCAAUGAGCUGCAUAAGGCCAUAAAUAAACAGGAAAAUGCUCAUCCAGAGGCAGCGCUCCUAGUGGCCGGGGACUUUAAUGCAGGGAACCUUAAAUCCGUUCUACCUCAUUUCUACCAGCAUGUUAAAUGUGCAACCAGAGGGAGAAAAAAAAACUCUAGACCACCUUUACUCCACACACAGAGACCCGUACAAAGCUCUCCCUCGCCCUCCAUUUGUCAAAUCUGACCAUAACUCUAUCCUCCUGAUUCCUGCUUAUAAGCAAAAACUAAAGCAGGAAGUACCAGUGACUCGGUUAAUAAGGAAGUGGUCAGAUGACGCAGAUGCUAAGCUACAGGACUGUUUUGCUAGCACAGACUGGAAUAUGUUCCGGGAUUCUUCCGAUAGCAUUGAGGAGUACACCACAUCAGUCACUGGCUUCAUCAAUAAGUGCAUCGAUGACGUCAUCCCCACAGUGACCGUACGUACAUACCCCAACCAGAAGCCAUGGAUUACAGGCAACAUACGCACUGAGCUAAAGGGUAGAGCUGCUGCCUUCAAGGAGCGGGACUCAAGGGGCAAAGAGUCAAUAGAGGACUAAGAUUGAAUCGUACUACACCGGCUCUGACGCUCGUCGGAUGUGGCAGGGCUUGAAAACUAUUACAGACUACAAAGGGAAGCACAGCCGCGAGCUGCCCAGUGACACAAGCCUACCAGAUGAGCUAAAUCACUUCUAUGCUUGCUUUGAGGCAAGCAAAACUGAAGCAUGCAUGAGAGCAUCAGCUGUUCCGGAUGAGUAUGUGAUCAAGCUCUCUGUAGCCUACGUGAGUAAGACCUUUAAACAGGUCAACAUUCACAAGGCCGCAGGGCCAGACGGAUUACCAGGACGUGUACUCCGAGCAUGUGCUGACCAACUGGCAAGUGUCUUCACUGACAUUUUCAACAUGUCCCUGACUGAGUCUGAAAUACCAACAUGUUUCAAGCAGACCACCAUAGUCCCUGUGCCCAAGAACACUAAGAUAACCUGCCUAAAUGACUACCGACCCGUAGUACUCACGUCUGUAGCCAUGAAGUGCUUUGAAAGGCUGGUCAUGGCUCACAUCAACACCAUUAUCCCAGAAACCCUAGACCCACUCCAAUUUGCGUACUGCCCCAACAGAUCCACAGAUGAUGCAAUCUCUAUUGCACUCCACACUGCCCUUUCCCACCUGGACAAGAGGAACACCUAUGUGAGAAUGCUAUUAAUUGACUACAGCUCAGCGUUCAACACCAUAGUGCCCUCAAAGCUCAUCACUAAGCUAAGGACCCUAGGACUAAACACCUCCCUCUGCAACUGGAUCCUGGACUUCCUGACGGGCCGCCCCCAGGUGGUAAGGGUAGGUAACAGCACAUCUGCCACACUGAUCCUCAACACGGAGGCCCCUCAUUGGUGCGUGCUUAGUCUCUCCUGUACUCCCUGUUCACCCAUGACUGCAUGGCCAGGCACGACUCCAACACCAUCAUUAAGUUUGCCGACGACACAACAGUGGUAGGCCUGAUCACCGACAAUGAUGAGACAGCCUAUAGGGAGGAGGUCAGAGACCUGGCCGUGUGGUGCCAGGAUAACAACCUCUCCCUCAACGUGAUCAAGACAAAGGAGAUGAUUGUGGACUACAGGAAAAAAAAGAGGACUGAGCACGCCCCCAUUCUCAUCGACGGGGCUGUGGUGGAACAGGUUGAGAGCUUCAAGUUCCUUGGUGUCCACAUCACCAACAAACUAUCAUAGUCCAAACACACCAAGACAGUCGUGAAGAGGGCACGACAAAGCCUAUUCCCCCUCAGGAGACUGAAAAGAUUUGGCUUGGGUCCUCAGAUCCUCAAAGGGUUCUACAGCUGCACCAUCGAGAGCAUCCUGACUGGUUCAUCACCGCCUGGUAUGGCAACUGCUCGGCCUCCGACCGCAAGGCACUACAGAGGGUAGUGCGUACGGCCCAGUACCUCACUGGGGCCAAGCUUCCUGCCAUCCAGGACCUCUAUACCAGGUGGUGCCAGAGGAAGGCCCUAAAAAUUAUCAAAGACUCCAGCCACCCUAGUCAUAGACUGUUCUCUCUGCUACCGCACGGGAAGCGGUACCGGAGCACCAAGUCUAGGUCCAAAAGGUUUCUUAACAGCUUCUACCCCCAAGCCAUAAGACUCCUGAACAGCUAAUCAUGGCUACCCGGACUAUUUGCAUUGCCACCCCACCCCACCCCACCCCAACCCAACCCCCUCUUUUACGCUGCUGCUACUCUGUUUAUUAUUCAUGCAUAGUCACUUUAACUCUACCCACAUGUACAUAUUACCUCAAUUACCUCGACUAACCGGUGCCCCUGCAAAUUGACUCUGUACCGGUACCCCCUGUAUAUAACCUCCCUACUGUUAUUUUAUUUUACUGCUGCUCUUUAAUUAUUAGCUUUUUUUUUUACAUCUUAAACUGCAUUGUUGGUUAAGGGCUUGUAAGGAAGCAUUUCACUGUAAUGUCUACACCUGUUGUAUUCGGCGCAUGAGGCAAAUAACAUUUGAUUUGAUUUGAUGUGCCUAUAGUUGUGUCUUUGAAAAUAAAUUUAAUGACGCAAUGCAUUUUUGUAGGCAUUUUGUUGAUUGUAAGUCAAAUUUUUUUUGAAAAGGAUAUAUUGAAAUGCCCCUUGCCUCAAGUAUCUUGUUUUGUCCUUUUAGUACUUCAAACCAAGUCAUCAAGUUUUAAAUGUUCAUUCUAAGUUCAAAGCAUCAUGAAUACACCUGACUUGUGAUUUUAUUUUCAUUCUAUUCCGGUCUUAGGCCUGGGUGGAAUUAAACACUGAACAUAGUAUGUCUUUGCUUUGCUAUGUUCAAACACUGAACAUAGCAUAUCCCUUCUUAACUUUUAACAAUUUGACCCCUGUUUAUGAUAGUGAUAAUAAUGCUGAUGAUGACGCAUCUGUCUCUCCCCAGCUCCGUGGCUUGAAACUUCCCACUGGCUUGACUCCACCCUUCCACCAGUGACACUUCCCCUUAGCAACCACACGGCAACGGCAUUGACUAGCAACCAAUCCUGUAGCGGUGAUGAUGAGGUCUUUAAGUACAGUGCCUACACCGUCACCUAUCUACUUGUGUUCCCUAUAGCAUUGCUUAGCAACAGCGGAGCGCUGUUCGUGUUCCUGCGACUGACGCCCAAACGCUCUGCCUCCUCCAUUCUCAUGACCAACCUCGCCCUAUCAGACGCAUGCUUCUCCCUUACCCUGCCGUUUCGAUUGGCCUACUACUUCAGAGGCGCUCACUGGGACCUCCCUGAUUGGCUGUGCCGACUCUGUGUGUUCUGCUUCUACCUCAACCUCUACACCAGGUACGCAUGUGCACACACACUGCAAAACAGCUGUACAGUAAAUAAUACAAACACACAAACACACGUAUGAACACACACACAGUUAUUAUAAUGUGAGGUGACCCUGCUUGCCCAAAAAGGCACCUAACUAAUAAACUAUAGUAUUAUUCUCUUUCCCUAUAGCGUUCUCUUCCUGACUGGACUGAGCGUGCUUCGUUGGCUGGCCGUGAUGAAGCCUCUUCAUCAUCGAGCCUUGGCCACGCCCCAUCGAGCCUCAUUGGUCUGCUUGGGCAUCUGGCUGUUUGUGGGUGGAACUUCGGUCCCCUUCCUGUUUUCGGGGACCAGGGUGAGAGCGGGACUAACACGCUGCUUCGAGCCCCAUAACUCUGCCUCUUGGAAGAGGAUCUUCAUUCUCAACUACGUGGGCGUGGCAUUUGGCUUCUUGAUCCCAUUCGUCAUCAUCCUUGGUUGCUACAGCAGCAUCAUCCGCCGACUGACAGCUACAGCCAGAAGCCAAAAGCUACAGACAGGGAGCCUGAAGCGUAACCAGGGGAGACAUCGUCGCCGGCGCCAGUCUCUGCGUCUAGUCGCCAUGGUGAUCUGCACAUUCCUGCUGUGCUUCCUGCCCUAUCACGUGGCUCGCUCACUGCACCUGCACGCAGUGGUGGGCGGGUGGGGCUGCGUCGUUACUGCGACACAGCAGCGGGUGUUGGUGGUGACGCUGUGUCUGGCGGCGACCAACAGUGUGUUGAACCCUCUGUUGUACUACUGUGCCGGGGAGUCCUUCAGAACGGCCAUACGCAACGCCUUGUCACGACGACGGUCCCUCUCCUCCCCCACUCAGGGCAGCUUGCUGUACUCUCGUAGGAAGAGGAGUAUUCCCACAAUACCUUCAACACCAACAAUGCCAGAAACACCCCUCGCUCUACCCCUAACCCUUCCUGGGUCCAUACCAGAAACACUCAGCCCUGUGAAUGACAGUCCAUAA